AUGAAACCAACCAUCCUCCUCUCCUUGUUACUGAUUGUCCUUCAAGUUCACAAUGGUUAUGGAGCUAAAGAUUCAGUUCAAGAAAGGAUUGCUUCCAGCAUUGAUGACUUUGCCCUUAAAUUCUCCAAAUUAAUAACUUCACGUCAAGGUGCCAGAAAGGUCUCCAGACAAGUAUCUUCACUCCAGGGUGGCAAAAAUAUCUUCUUCUCCCCUAUGAGUAUCUCCAUGGCAUUUUCAAUGAUCGGCAUGGGUGCUAAAUCAAACACCGAAAAGCAAAUUUACAAAGGACUUGGAUUGGAUAAAAUUGACACAAGCAUGAUACAUAAAGGAUUUCAAGAGUUCCUCAAGGUGCUGACCAGUUCAAAUCAUCAAGGCAUGGUGAACAUGGGGAAUGGCUUGUACCUAGCUAAGGGCAUCAAAAUAGCCACUAGGUACAAUAAGGAUCUCCAAAAUUUCUACAAAUCUGAGAUCUUUGCUGUUAACUUCAAAGACAAUGUAGUGGCUGAAAAGCAGAUAAAUGAGUUUGUGAAGGCCAACACUAAAGGAAAAAUACGUGAAGUAGUAAGAGGCUUAGAUCCAAACACCAUGAUGGUUCUUGUGAACUAUAUCUACUUCAAAGAUGAGUGGGAAUAUCCAUUCGUUCCUCAAAAUACCAAAAAAGGAGAUUUUUUUGUUGAUGACAAGACAACUGUGAAAGUCAACAUGAUGAAGAAAACUGGCUAUUUUAGACAUGUACGUGAUGAAAGUCUUUCCUGCUGGGUCAUUGAACUUCCUUACAAAGGAGGUGCUGUUGCCUGGUUCGUUCUGCCUGACAAAGGCAAACUGGAGAAAGUUGAGGAUGGUUUGAAAGGGGAAACUUUGUCCAAAUGGAGAAAAUCUUUAGAAACAGGAACGCAAUUUUAUUUGUCCAUCCCCAAAUUAUCAAUGGCUACAUCCUACGAUCUCAAAGAUUUGUUGCCUGGGCUGGGCAUUUCCGAAGUCUUUACUCCCAACGCUGACCUGACUGGAAUUACUGGAGGUGGCAAGCUGAAGAUUGACAAAGCUUCUCACAAGGCAUUUCUGGAUAUAAAUGAAAGUGGCACCGAGGCAGCCGCUGCCACCUUUAUGAGCUCUAAGGUUGGAGCUGCUCCUGGGCCCCCUCCUGUUCCUUUGGUCUUUGACAGGCCAUACUUUUUUUUCUUAAUGGCAUCAGUUGAUGGGCCCAUGCUUUUCAUGGGGAAAACAGUAAACCCAGCUCAUCCAUGA